CACUUCCGGGGGUCGCAAUACGGAAUGUUUGUUUGGAGGUAGAAUAAGUUGCUGCCUGUGAAGCCCAGCGAGUAACUAGACGAGCGAGUGGAGGAAACAUGGCUUAAAAACAGGUAACGCUGAUGUUGGAGGACAUUCAACUGUUUCAAAACCCCCGACUUUGUCUUUAUUUAGACAAUGUUAACUUGUUGGAGCCUGCUAGCAUGAAUGCUAGCUGCGCCUGUUUCUGUCGCCAUGGCAACGCACUUUGUUUCCCCUGAUGACCAAUAUUUAUGACAAAGUACAUUCUUCACUUUGAAAAGACGUCAUUUGAAGGUGACAUGCUCUCGUGUUAUUAACACGCUACACGUAAGAUGACGGUGACCCCUAGUGGCGGAUGUUUGUCAGCAAAGUUGUGAACAACUAAUAAAUACUUUUGUGUCCUUGGAGCUGAGAUGGACGACUAUGAAGUUGUGCGUCAGAUCGGAGAAGGAGCCUUCGGUAAAGCCUUCCUGGUGCGACCCAAAGGUGCUGCGGGCGCACAAUGUGUGGUGAAGAGGAUCGACCUGACCAAGAUGUCCAGCAGAGAGAAGGAGGCGGCCAAGAAGGAGGUGGGCCUCCUGUCCAGCAUGGAACAUUCCAACAUUGUGUCCUUCUUACGCUCCUUCCAAGAUGGCGGCAGUCUGUGCAUCGUCAUGGAGUUCUGUGAUGGAGGAGACCUGAUGAGGAAGAUCAACCUGCAGAGAGGAGUCUUCUUCGCUGAACAACAGGUACUGGAUUGGUUUGUUCAGAUUUGCCUGGGCCUCAAACACAUCCAUGACAGAAAGAUCCUGCACAGAGACAUUAAAAGUCAGAACAUCUUCCUCACUGAGCGAGGGAAGAAAGUCAAGCUUGGAGACUUUGGCAUUGCCAGAAUGUUAAAUAACACCAUGGAGCUUGCCAGGACUUGUGUUGGGACUCCUCACUACUUGUCCCCAGAGAUCUGUGAGAGUCGACCUUACAACAACAAAACGGACAUCUGGUCUCUGGGCUGUGUCCUCUAUCAACUGUGCACACUCAGACUGCCUUUUGAGGGCAGGAGUCUACACCAGCUGGUCAGUCACAUCUGCAGAGGUCACUACAAACCUUUGACCUCUCCUUAUUCAUCUGACCUUUGUCUGUUGGUCACUCACCUCUUUAAGGUGAACCCUCGCCAUCGUCCGUCGGUCUCUUCGGUCCUGCAACGUCCUUUCCUGCAGAAAUACCUGCACACUCAGGACAUGGGUCACCAUAACAAAGCAGCAACAACUCCAGCCUGCAGACCAACACCAGACAAGAAGAAAUGCAAAGCUGCUCUGAAGAAACUUCCUGUCAAACCAGAAUGGAGAGGCUGUGCUGCUGCUAAUUACACACUUCUUCCCCUGAGAGCAGCUGGAGACGCAGCAUGUCAUCAGAACCACAAGUUUGGACAGUACCAGCAGUUCUAUGUCCAACUGGAUGCUCUGCAGCAGGGAGACUCAUGUUCUCCACAACCUCAUCCACUUCCUCUUCCUGCACCUCCUCCACGUGAAGACCUCCAAGAUCCACAUGGAGAACCCUACAAGCUGGUGGCAGCAGCUCGGGAAGAGUACCUCCAGAGGCGCCAGGAGGCCAACCGGUACAAGCUGAGAGCAGAGAAACAGCUGGGUUUGCGUCCCAGCACGGCUGAGGGCUGCAGGCCAACUGGCCAUCAAGAUGAGGGCAAGCAUACAGUCCAGGACAGGAAGCAGGAGGGCCAGCAGGAGUACCUGAGACAACUGCAUGCCAUCAGACAGCAGUAUCAUCAGGACAUGAGACAGAUGAGACUGAGAGUCGACGCUCAGCAUGACACCUUUGUGAGGGACCCUCCCACAGAGCACCAAGUCCAAGCUGUACAGGAUGUUGAAGCGGCUCUCAAGGAGAUCAGGGAGGAGAACAGGAAGAAAGACCUGAGGAACAAACACAAGGACCAGAAAGCAAUUAUGUUUGAGAUCCGCCUGGAUGACAGUGAUGGGAUGAAGGACACUUCAGAGGUGGACCAGGGGACACCAGAGGAUGGGAUGAAGGACACCUCAGAGGAGGACCAGGGGACACCAGAGGAUGGGAUGAAGGACACCUCAGAGGAGGACCAGGGGACACCAGAGGAUGGGAUGAAGGACACCUCAGAGGAGGACAAUGGGACACCAGAGGAUGGGAUGAAGGACACCUCAGAGGAGGACCAGGGGACACCAGAGGAUGGGAUGAAGGUCCCCUCAGAGGAGGACAAGGGGACACCAGAGGAUGGGAUGAAGGACACCUCAGAGGAGGACAAGGGGACACCAGAGGACCAACAGGAAGUAGACCAUCACAACCUGACAGAAGAGAGAGACCACUUUCAUCCAGCCAGGAGGGUCUGGACUCAGAGGCCCCCUAAGACACUGCUGGAGGCGCUGGUCCACAUGGACUCGCUCUCCGGCACUAUGCUGGAUGACCAAGCAGGUGAGGGGGACCAGGCAGGUCGCCGCCAGUGGGUCCACCGCCUCCCCAGAACCCUGCUGGACGCACUUGCUCAAGCCGACCCACGGACCACCACGGUGGACUUGGCGAGCGCAGACUCAGACAGGGAGGAAAUGGAGGACGACUCGGAUGUGGAACUGGACGAAGUGCGCCUUCAGUCCGGGUCGGACCACGACGACGACACGAACUUUGAGGAGUCUGAGGACGAGGUGAAGGAGGCCAUGUCUGACUCCAUGAAGAACCUGCUUGUCAUCAACGCUCCAGAGACUGGUCACCAGUACCAGCCUGAAGAAGCACAUGUGGAUAACACACAUGUGGAUAACACACAUGUCGAUAACACACAUGUCGAUAACACACAUGUGGAUAACACACAUGUUGAUAACACACAUGUGGAUAACACACAUGUUGAUAACACACAUGUGGAUAACACACAUGUGGAUAACACACAUGUUGAUAACACACAUGUGGAUAACACACAUGUGGAUAACACACAUGUUGAUAACACACAUGUGGAUAACACACAUGUGGAUAACACACAUGUCGAUAACACACAUGUCGAUAACACACAUGUGGAGAACACACAUGUCGAUAACACACAUGUGGAUAACACACAUGUCAAUAACAUACAUGUGGAUAACACACAUGUGGAUAACACACAUGUGGAUAACACACAUGUUGAUAACACACAUGUCGAUAACACACAUGUGGAUAACACACAUGUCGAUAACACACAUGUCGAUAACACACAUGUGGAGAACACACAUGUCGAUAACACACAUGUGGAUAACACACAUGUCAAUAACAUACAUGUGGAUAACACACAUGUGGAUAACACACAUGUGGAUAACACACCUGUUGAUAACAGACAUGUGGAGAGCACACAUGUUGAUAACACACAUGUCGAUAGCACACGGAUCGAUAACACACGUGUCGAUAACCCACAUGUCUAUAACACACAUGUCAAUAGCACACAUCGACAGCACACAUGUCAAUAACACAUGUCGAUAGCACACAUGUCGAUAACGUACAUGUCGAUAACAUACAUGUCAAUAACACAUGUCGAUAACAUACAUGUCGAUAGCACACAUGUCGAUAGCACUGUGAAAGCCAUGGAACAAAGAGAUACAGUAGAGUCCUGCACAGACGCUACCACUUCUACCAGUCAGUAGCAGACUUCAGUCACACAUUUUGGCUUCACGAUGUUGUUGGAAGAAAAUACGUUUUAGAUGUAGUUUCCUGACUUUGAUCAUGAAUACAGACCACACCUUUUGUUGUAUUAGAUGUAGUCUCCUGACUUUGAUCAUGAAUACAGACCACACCUUUUGUUGUAUUAGAUGUAGUCUCCUGACUUUGAUCAUCAUACAGACCACACCUUUUGUUGUAUUAGAUGUAGUCUCCUGACUUUGAUCAUCAUACAGACCACACCUUUUGUUGUAUUAGAUGUAGUCUCCUGACUUUGAUCAUCAUACAGACCACACCUUUUGUUGUAUUAGAUGUAGUUUCCUGACUUUGAUCAUGAAUACAGACCACACCUUUUGUUGUAUUAGAUGUAGUCUCCUGACUUUGAUCAUCAUACAGACCACACCUGUCUUCUUUUGUUGUAUUAAAUGUAGUCUCCUGACUUUGAUCAUCA